AUGAAGAUAAUAAUACUCGGUGCUGGUGUUGCUGGACUUGCAUCGGCAAUCUCGUUGUCGAAAUGGAGCGACGAGCCACCAAGCAUCACCGUCGUCGAGGUUCGACCUGAGCCAUCCUCCAUCGGAGGUGCAGUGGGCCUGACACCGAACGCACUGCGCUGUCUCCAUCACCUCGGAGUCUUGUCACGCAUCCGAAAACACAACUAUGGCGCCGACAUCGAUAAAAUCGAGCUCUUCACCAUUUACACAGGAGCACGACUAGGCGAAAUCAAGUUUACUGGGAACACUGGCAAAGGAGUGGGUGACCCCGCAUUCAAAGGACUUAGGAUCAUGCGGUCGGAUCUGUUACAGGCUCUCUCGGAGACGGCAUUGGCUCUGGACAACAUUGAUAUCAAGUAUGGUCUAAAAGCAACCAAGCUCGAAGAAGAUGACAGCAGGAUUACCGUCACAUUCGACAAUUGUACCAGUCUCGCAGGCGAUAUACUCAUAGGCUGUGAUGGCAUACACUCCUUCGUCAGAUCCAAACUGGUAGACACAGAGCGGACACCGGAGUACACGGGUAUCGCCACCGUAUUCGGCUUUGCAUAUCUCGCAGAAGGAGAUAAGGUCCCAUGGCAAGAUACAGGCCUCUGUCAGUCCCAACGUGGAAGCCUCAUGACUUCCUACCUCGAGUCAACCAGGAAGCAGCAAUUCAUAGCAGGGGUCAUGGAGACCGCGGACGUCGUGUCAAGGGAGGGCUGGAAGGCUCGAGGAUCUGAACAAGAAAGCAUUAAACGAAAUGUGCAUGACCGAUUUGGAAAUAGUGCGAUCAGGUUCCUCGACCCACUUAUUGAGGCGACCGAGCAUUGGUCCCUAUAUCCUGUCUACAAACUCGCACCCAGAGGCAACUGGGCAUCGAAGCGUGCUAUAUUACUCGGAGAUGCCGCGCACGCAAUGCCCCCGCAAGGUGAAAGUACGGCAUAUGCGCUCGAGGACGCCAUUCUCUUCGCUCGUAUUUUGCAGAAGUAUCAACCAAAAGGCGUGCAGCUAGUCUUUGAUGCAUAUCAGAAGAAACGAAGAGUACGAAUGGAUGCUGCAUAUGACGAGUCCGUCUGGGGUUGGGAAACGCAGAAGGACUGUGGGUGGCUUUCGUUCUUGCUGAGAACUUGGAUCACAUCAGGCUACUUGUGGUGGACCACUUCCGCGAGACAGAAACGAUACAUAGAAGAUGUCGGUACAAUCGAUCUAGACUAG